CUGUGAAAAAUUUCAUGUUCAAUCAAGUCGACUAACGUGGAAUUCCGUGUGUAAUUGAACAAAUACUUUAUCCUCAUUCCUGGCUAUGGUGAGUAGUGUUCAUUAGCGUUAGGUUUCAACCGGCAUUCGGUUGUUUGGUUUGUUGACAACACCUUAUGCACGGACGGCCAGAGAGGUUUUGGUGUGUUGUAGUGUGCGACUCGACAACUUCAUGUUUUUCUUUACCCCUUGUUUUGCUGCGUUAUUACUGGGCGAAAGUUAACUCCUUUUCCAUCUACAUUUAAACAACGUAGUGUGUCUUUUCAAAUUUCAUUCGAGUCGAGUGUUAAGUUCCUCCGGUGUCCAUGUUCUCUCGUCUGUGUUUCUAAGCUAAGAAGGAAACUAAAACAUAGUUGAAGAACAUUUGGAAAGAAAAAACGCCGUGAUUAUCUACUCGGUGUAGAGACUGGAUAGCAGCAGUCUCACUGUGGAGAGCCAUCAACCACCCUGGAGCCACUUACAGCCUCGCUCCCUACCCCGGACUCGCUGAACCCGCACGGUGGUCCAGGAGGACAGGGGCUGAAUAACGCGGGACCCGGUCCGGGCACGCCUCUCUAUCCUGGUCCGUCGCCUGGACCGGGCCCCGGCCCGAAUCCGGGAUUCGCUACACCUACACACGGGGGAGGCGGGGGCGGGCAUACACCACUUCCUGGACAAGGUAGUCACUUCGUUCACGGACCGCCUAGUUACAACUCGUCCCCCGUCCCGCCUGGACCCUCCACCCCUGGGCAAGGCGGAGGAAAUUCCAACCAUUUCCCAUCGCCAGGACCCGGUUACAAUCCUCAGGGAGGACCAGGAGGACCGGGUCCUCAUUUUAACGGACCUUCAGGCGCUCCUCCUCCGUUUGGAUCGCCCUAUCCAAGCCCCGGAAGUGUCGGUCCAGGUCCAGGCGGAAAUUCGGGACCUCACCCUCCUCAGGGACACCCGGGAUUCCCAGGUGGCUCGCAUCCACAGUUCGGGCCAGGCCCGAACGGUGGCCCAGGUGGCCAUCCGGGUUUCGUAGGCCACCCAGGACACGGACCAGUCAUGCCGAGCGUCAUGGCCAGCCCGAUGGGCGGGCCAGGAGGUAUGGGUGGCCAUCCGCCUAACAUGGGAGGUGUUGGACCUCCAAUGGGUGGACCUGGAUCGGGACCUGGUGGACCCAAUCCCGGAAUGGGUCCAAUGGGUGGACCGGGACCUAUGGGAGGAAUGGGUGGACCAGGGGGACCUAUGGGUGGACCAGGAGGACCUAUGGGUGGCCCGCCUGGUCCUGGUAUGGGUGGACCCGGAGAAAGAAUAGACCACCCCGGAGGUCCACCUUUCUUCAACAGAAGGCAUCCUGGUCCUUACUUUAACCAGCCGGAUUACAGAAUCUACGAACUAAAUAAACGAUUGCAGCAGAGAACCGAAGUAGUUGCAAUGGAAAGUGAUAAUCUUUGGUGGGACGCCUUUGCCACCGAGUUCUUCGAGGACGAUGCCACUCUUACAUUAACAUUUUGUCUAGAAGACGGACCCAAACGAUACACUAUCGGUCGGACGUUGAUUCCCCGCUAUUUCCGCACCAUCUUUGAGGGAGGCGUAACCGAGUUGAACUAUCAGCUACGACACGCCAAGGAGUCCUUCCACCAGACAACCAUCACUUUAGAUUGCGAUCAGUGCACUAUGGUCACUCAGCACGGAAAGCCCAUGUACACCAAAGUCUGUACCGAGGGUCGUUUGAUAUUAGAAUUUACCUUCGAUGAUUUGAUGCGCAUCAAGUCAUGGCAUUUUGCUGUUCGAACACACCGAGAGCUCGUUCCCAGGCACGAAUCUGUGUUGGCCAGCCAAGAUCCUUCCUUGUUGGACCAAAUGAGCAAAAAUGUAACGAGGCAGGGAAUUACGCCUGCCACCUUAAACUAUUUGAGAUUGUGUGUCAUCUUGGAACCCAUGCAGGAGCUUAUGUCCAGGCACAAGGCUUAUGCCCUCAGUCCACGGGACUGCCUCAAAACCACCCUUUUCCAAAAGUGGCAAAGAAUGGUUGCCCCACCUGAAACUCAAAGGCCUCCAAAUAAACGACGUAAGCGCAAAGGAUCCCAAACUGGGGGAGGCGCGGGAAUAAAUCAAACUCAACCGGCAGCGCCCAACAAGAAACGAUCACCUGGACCCAACUUCUCUCUAGCCUCUCAGGAUGUUAUGGUAGUUGGAGAGCCGUCGCUUAUGGGUGGCGAAUUUGGCGAUGAGGAUGAGCGAUUAAUAACUCGAUUAGAAAACACCCAGUAUGACCCAGCCGUCUCUCUAGACGAUCCUUCCGGCGGCGGCGGAGGUCCACCCUCCGCCCCUCCCUCCCAGUUCAACAGUGGGCCGCCUGGACCUCAGGGACCGAACGAUCCCAGUCCGUGGGGCGAGGUUCAAAAGCAGGGCGGCGGAAAUAAAGGUGGUGGAGGAGACGCAGGGAAGAAAAGCCCAGCAGUAAGCCAGUGAGAAGACAUUUUU